GCCGGUACACAGUGAGGAAGGGACUGCUCUUCUAAACCGAUGUUCUACGGAUUCACAGCGGAUAUAUAUAUAUAUCAUGUGGAUUUUGAAAAACAAUUAUUAAAACAGGAAUAAGCGAAUCGCAUUUUCUCACGCGUCAAGGAAUUCAUGAACAGAAAGCUAUCGGGAACUGAACUGACCUGAUCUCGAGCAAAUCAUUGGAUUUCCUUCUGCAAUGCAACUUUUUUAAAGGAAGCAAAGACCUUAUCACCGGAGUACACCAGAGAAACUAAUUACGGUUUUCGGCUCCCCUGGGGAGAUGUUCCAAGGGUUCCCCGGCGACCUCGACUCCGGCUCCCUCUGUAGUUCGUCCCCGUCCACUGAAUCUCACUACCUGUCAUCGGUUGAUUCAUUUGGGAGUCCGCCGACUACAGCUCCACAAGAGUGUGUGUCGGCAGCAGGCAGGGCGGGCGUGAGCAGCGGCGGCACAGAGGGGGUGGAGAUGCCGGGCUCCUUCGUUCCCACAGUGACGGCCAUCACCACCAGUCAGGACCUGCAGUGGAUGGUACAGCCCACCCUGAUCUCCUCCGUGGCUCCCACCCAGAGCAGCAGUGGGGCCCCCACCAUGACCCAGCCUGCACCCCUGGAGACCUUCGACCUGCCAGGGCCCAGCUACCAGGCGGGACCCGGGUUCACCCCCCCGAGCUCGGACGCGCCAGGGCCCAGUCGUCACUCUCGCACGCGCAGCCGACGCGCACGGGAGGAAACUCUGACCCCAGAGGAAGAGGAGAAGAGGCGCGUUCGUCGUGAGCGAAACAAGAUGGCAGCUGCCAAGUGUCGCAAUCGCCGCCGGGAGCUCACGGAUAGGCUGCAGUCGGAGACAGACAUACUGGAGGAAGAGAAAGCAGAGCUGGAAGCGGAGAUCGCUGAGCUCCAGAAGGAGAAGGAGCGCUUGGAAUUCGUCCUGGUCGCCCACCAGCCGGGCUGCAAAAUCCCCUAUGAGGAGGAGCUGCAGCCAACAGCCGGCCAGGCCUCGCAGCAGCCCACCGUGUCCGUGCUGGGCCUGUCAGUGAAGGAGGACCCGUUCUACCUGCCCCCGGCCUACCCCUCCCACACCGCCAUGGCGCAGCUGCCGCAGCCAGAGCUGCUCCAGGAGGUAGCGUUUUCCAGUUCUUUCUAUGCGCAGAGCGAGCCGGAGCUGGGUGGCCUGUGCCUGGACGCAGACGCUUGCGGCCGAGAUGCUGGUGGCGGCUUCCCCUUGUACACGUCCUCUUUUGUGGUCACCUGCCCCGAUGGGGUCUGCGGGGCAAGCGCAAACCAGUGGAGCAGCGGCAGCGAUCAGGCCUCCGAUCCCCUCACCUCCCCCUCCUCCCUGCUUGCACUCUAACGGGGCCCUUCCAUGCGCAGACAUGGACAGACCUGCGCAGAUAUGCGCAGACCUGCCCAGGCACAUGCAGAAACAGCAGGCUUGCCAGACACUCGCUUGCAACACACAACAGAAAGCGUACGUUUGGACACGUGCAAAUACUUGCACAGUUGCACAGAAAUGUAUUGAUCGACACAUAUAUGUACAUAAACUGGUAGUCUGCUCUCCAGAGCCCUGAAUUGCACCAUUCCUAUGGAAGGUAUAAUCACUAAUUACUGCUAAUUGAAAGCAUGCAACAUUUUAAUCUUGUCCCUCAGUUUUGAAGUUGGCUUAGAAAGCCCUUGGAUGGGAAUGUUAAGCAUUAUUUUACAAGUAAUUUUCCAGUGACAUCACUGACAAAAUUACCUGAAUCUGCCUGAUUGAUUCUUAAGUAUUUAUCACCAGCCUACAGAAACUGCUGGUAUAAUUUCUGGUCAUAAACCAGGCUGUAUGGUCAGCCUUUUGGAUCAGCAUUUUUCAGAGCCCAUGACAUGCACAUCCAUAUAUAGAGAUACAUACACGCAUACCUGCUUUUGAGCAAUCAUGCAAGAUCUUAUGCUCCUUCCUCAACCUCUGCCCUCUCUCUAUCAUCCCGAUGCCUCCCUCACUGUGGCCUCUCUCGGUCCCUCUCCAUGCUGGCUGAAUGUAUUUUAAUUGGGAAUAGGAGAAAGUGGCUUCCAGUCUGAGGGGCAAUGCCCUCCUGACUCCUUCCUUCUCACCUCCCCUUUCUCUGGGACUGGGCCAGGGUGGCACUGCCUCCCUGCAGAUUUCCCCAUCCACGUCCCCACCACUGUUUCUUCUCUCCUCUUUCCUGUCUCUCUGUUUAAAGUUCUUGAACCCCGAGAGCCUGUCGGGCGUCUCCAGCGUCUGGGACACCAACUGAGAGCCGGCCACGCCCCCCACCUCUCCUCUUCAGCCACCCAUGUCCCAGAGGCCAACCAUUCCAAAACGCAGCAAAAACUAAAACACAAAACACAAAAACCUGAGUGAGAGCACCAUUCUGGAAAAUGUUUUUUCUUCCUUUUGGAUAUACAAGCAAGGAAACCUGUGAAAUGAACAUGAUGGGCUGGGAAUGGCUCUCACUUAAUUAAGGUUUGUGGCCAAACAGACAAUACCAAGCAAAAGAAGAGAAGGGGGGCGGGGGCGCAGGCUGAGAGAGGAGUGGAGGAACCUGACAGCCAGUGAGAGAGAGAGAAAAAGAGAGACAGAGAAAUGGAGGGUAGGGGAGAGCAUGUGAAUUGAACAUUUCUGGAGCUCUGGAUUCAUGCAGGAAAGUGUGUUAUGCAAAGACAAAUAGGCUGCUCACCCCUGUGCUCCACACUCAGCUCUGCAGUGCCACCUCUCCAGUUCAUCUCUUACACCCAACCCCGCCCUAAAACACCCACCGCCGCCGCCGUCCAGUAGUAACUGACAUGAGUAUUUGUUUUUAUUGCUGUUUUCGUAUGCUAUUUGACAAUGAAAAAAGUGAUAAAUGUGGUUUAUGAAACGGCAAAAAAGAAAGGGGAAGGUUUAGAGGUUUUUUUUUUGCCACCAUCUGUGUCUUGGGUUUGGAUUUGUUACUGAUGACUCCAUUGCUGUUUUAAGGGUGGUGUCAGUUUUAAAUAAGGGCUGUCAUAAAUGCCCUGAGUGAGAGUGUUCUCUUGAAGGAAUUCUGCUCUAAGAUGACAUUUACUAUUUUAAAAAAAAGCCUCUUGACAUUCGGGGAAGUGGACUCCUGCCUUCCUGCAUCAUCUUCUCAAGCAGAGUCCACACUCGCUUUGACUGGGAUCUUUAGACCACUUCUCCAGUUUAUUUCUUUUUGAGAGGCUGAUAAGGACAGAGGGGAACAAGAAAAAAAAAUAUAUAUUUUGUGUAUGUGUUUCUAAUAUUACUGUGAAUUUAUUUUUCAAGUUGAGGAAAAAAAUGGCUUUGUCCAAUUGCACACGUUUGCAACUCUUGCCUCUACUGCAGUUGCUAACCUGAAGCUUUUACAUGUUGUUAAUGUCUUUAUAUUGUAACUCUAUUAUAACUAUAUCUCUAUCUAUAUCAUUGUUAUUGCUAUAUUGUUAUUAUAAGUCUUCGGUGACUUAGAGGCUAUUGUUGCACUAUGAAGCUUUUUAUAUAGAAAAUACACAAUUAUAUACAUGCACGCACACACACACACAUGAAAUUGAUAGAUGUGUAUAUGCUUAGACAUAUGAUGGUUGCAAAGAAUGAAUGUUUCAAAUAAGACAAAAUUAACCACUCUGUGUAAUGUAGAAGAUGGUGAGCUUCUUGAAAACAAGCCAUUCAUCUGAGCUACAACAGAGACAUUUUUCUGAAAGAGCAAAAAUGAUCGAAACAAUCCCACCCAUCGGCCAACAUUAAGAGCUUAUUCACUGCCAGUCCCCUUGAUGUGUGUGUGCUUAUGUGAUUCAUACAUGCCUCUAUAAAUGUGUUUAUAUGAUGAUGGCA